ACCUCUAUAAACAUUUAUAGUGAAGUCGUUAUAUUCUUAAGUAGAAAAAAAUCCUAGAUUGUGGUGUGCUUUAAGUAAGGUAAAAUGCCGGCCGGUCAUGGUUUGAGGUCACGCACCAGAGAUUUGUUCUCUCGUCCAUUUAGGAAGAAGGGUACUAUUGCCCUCACUACUUACCUCAGGACCUACCACAUCGGUGACUAUGUUGACAUCAAAGUCAAUGGCGCUGUCCACAAGGGUAUGCCUCACAAGUUCUACCAUGGUCGCACUGGUCGUGUCUGGAACGUCACGAAGCGCGCCAUUGGUGUUGAGGUCAACAAGCAGGUGGGGAACAGAAUAAUCAGGAAGAGAAUUCAUGUGCGUGUGGAGCAUGUUAUGCCUUCCAGGUGCACCGAAGAGUUCCGCCUCAGGAAGAUCAACAAUGACAAACUCAAGACUGAGGCAAAGGCUAAUGGACAACAAAUCAGUACCAAGAGGCAGCCUGAGGGACCUAAACCUGGAUUCAUGGUUGAAGCUGCCACUUUAGAGACUGUCACUCCCAUUCCAUAUGAUGUUGUCAAUGAUCUUAAAGGAGGCUAUUAGGUUGUUGUUCUUUAACCUUUAAAAUGUUUUGAUAUUAUAAUUUUGAAUAAACAAAUUUAUUUUAAAAUUAAAUGAUUUUAGUAUCAAUUGAUAAUAGAUGUAUAUUAUAUCUCAAAUUAAUCUGUGGAUUCAAUAUUUAUUUA